GGUGCAUAUCAGUGUUGAAAUAUGCGCGUGAAAGGACUUUUCUUCCUUACUGUCCUGAUAUGUGUGCUGUCCUAUCACACGGCCCGUCCAGACGAUGGGGAUGACGACAGACCAGGAGACGAUGGGGAAGAUACUGAAGAUGAGGAAAGGCGGGAUGGGAAGAAAGGGGAAGAUGACGACGACGAUGAGGAUGAUGAUGACGACAAGAGAGAAGCCAAAGUUGAAGAAAAACUGAGAAAGAUGAAAAGCAGAAAAAAAAGUGCUAUGAGAGAUGAACAGACGAAACGAUAUAAGAAGCAGAGCUUGAAAGAAGUUCAGGAUUUAAAAGAGUUGUCGGCACUGAUUUCAAAGAAGCAGACUCUUUUGAAAACUUUGAAGAAAUCCAAGUCUCGCGGUGCCGCCGAGAGCGCGUUGGAGAGGGAGACACAGCAGACGAUAAACGCGGCGCGGAACAAGGUCGAUCAGAAAUUGCUGAAGAGGUUGUUGGAGGGGAAGGGUAUGAAGGGGCCAAAAUAUGGCCACGGUGGAAAUCUGAAGUUGGGUAGCAAGAUGAUGGCACACUUCUUGGGGAAAGAUGGCGCGAAAGGCGAAUUGGGAAUGAAGACGGUGCGUCACUUCCUGGGAAAGGAAGCGGCUGUGACGAAGACAAAGAAGGCAGAAAAACCUGCCAGUAAGAAACCUGAAGAAAAAGCCAAAGCAAAGGCAAAGAAGUCUGUAGCAAAAGAAAAGAAGUCUAAAGCAGAUGAAACGAAGUCUAAACCUAAGUCCGCGGAAUCGGAGGCUGUUUUGUUGGAGAAUUUGAGACGAUUUCUCGCAGAGAAAGAGGCGAAGACAAAGCAAAAAAAGCAGGCUGUGGGCGGAAAGCAUAAACUGGGGACCAAGACUGUGGCGCAUUUCCUUGGGGUAAAGAAAGAGAAACCGGUUCCGGAGAAGUUGGGAACUAAAACUGUGCGGCACUUCCUCGGUAAAACAGAGGAAGAGCCUCAAAAGAAGACGACUGAGAAACCUAAAAGUAAGGCCGAGGGAGCAAAAGCUAAGGCAAAGAAAACAGAAGCUAAGGCCAAGAUAAUGAAACCUAAGGCAGCGAAAACUAAAGCUUAUGCCAAGAUAUCAAAAGAUGAUGUGAACGAAAAUGGAAAAAGUUCAAAGAAAUCGGAAACUGUGGCAAACGCGGAACCGAAAUCAAAGAAGCAUUUGCACUUGCUGCAGAAGGUCUCUUUCGACCUCGAGGUGGAUAAGAAUGGUCACCCUCUCGCCAAGAAGCCGGGGGCCCCAGUCCAGGCCUCGGAACCAAAGCAGUUUGAACAUGUCGAGAAAAAGGUCAUUGAGGUUGUGGAUUAGGAUUGUUAGGACCAUCCUCAUCGUUUGACUGUAACUCCACAUAGUGCCUCGUGCGAGGCUCUCUUUCAUGGUUACCUUGGCGGGGCGGGGGCAGACCAACUUUGCAGAUGGUGGAGGGUUUACAUAAGCGUUGCUCUUCGCCGCCAAUGCAGCGCGGUUUGAGCCUUUUCCAACCAAUCUUCGUCACUUUACUUGUUGGUUUCUUUGUGAAAUUAGAGAAGCUUUUGUCAGAGACCACGGAUCACUUCGUCAUCUAAAUCGCUACUGGAGGUCACCGAAAAACCUACAUGUAGGCCUAUAGCAAUACCUCGUCCCGCGCAUGUUUUCACAAAGACGGUGAAAUAAUA